CUAAGCUUAAAACCUAAACGUGGGUUUGUGGACAGAAAAUCGGGGGACAAUUCUGUCAUUCCGACAACGGUAAUAAUAAUGACACUUUUGAAUAUUUUAGUUUUAUUUAUCUCUUUUCCCUUCUCUCUCCCCCGGUUCGGUUUCCUCUUCCCCCAUUAUUUUUUUCUUGCCUUCAAAGUCUUCCUUCAUUCUUGCCCCAGAUUCACACAAACCCAACAAACAUUCUCCGCUCCCUCAGCCAAAGAGAAAGGAAGAAAUUUCUCGCCUCUCCCCCUCAAUGACGGAUUCAAUGGUGCCGCUGAACUCUCAUGGGUUCCAUUCAUCCACCUCCGCUCAAUCCAAAUCCGUUAAGACUAACCCAUCUCUAUCACCCACCGGCAAAUCUUCCUCCUCCUACGCUCCCCUCCUCAGUAAGUUGUUCAUUUUCCUGCUGUUUCUCCUCGCUAUCCCGCUAUUGCCCUCUCAUGCUCCGGAGCUUUUCAACGGAAGUUUCCUCUCCAACCUCUGGGACCUUGCCCAGCUUCUGUUCGUCGGCGUUGCAGUGUCUUAUGGGCUGUUUAGUCGUAGGAAUGCUGAACUGGAUUACUUUGAUAAUGCCCUAUCUACUGUCGACGAGUCUCAGUCUUCCUUUGUGUCUAGAAUCUUUCAAGUCUCCCCGCUAUUUGAAGAAUGCUACGAGGUUCCAUCUGGGUCCGUGGAGAAAACCAUUUCCCAUGCUACUACCGGGGCAGUUCAUCAAUCUGUGGCCACUUAUGCUUGCUAUGAUGCCUACGCGCAGCAUCAAUCAGUGGCUGUGGAGAAUGGGUUUGAAAUGUCUGGUGGGGACGAGGUUAUUCAGGCUUGGAGUUCUCACUGUUUUCAUGGUGAAUCAAUGGUUGUAUUGUCUCAACCUAAUACUGGAUUGGAUGAGUUAGGUCAAUGUGAAAAAAGAGGGAGCAGCCGCAAACCCUUAGGGUUGCCUGUUAGGAGUUUGAAUCCAAGGGUUAGCGAGUUCGUUAUGCCUGAUGUUGGUAAUGUGGGUGUGCCUGCUGCUCAGGGCAAGAGGGAUGAUACAUCUGACUCAAGUGAGGGAUUGUUUGGGGAAGUAGGUCCUGUUAAUUUAGAGGAGAAAUUUAAGCGAACCGUUGAUUAUUCUGAACAUUCUUGGGGUUCAAAAUCUGGUAUGAUGGAAAGGAAAGAGACAGGUAAGCUGGGUGCUGAUCGUGAUGGUCAUUUUAGACCUCUAUCGGUUGAUGAAAUUCAGUUCGAGUCUCUCAAGUCAGAGUCUUUUGGCUUGUCUAAGGAUCCCUUCUCCGCCAAGGCUAGGUUAAUGCAGCAUUCGGCAACCACUCAGUAUCUUUCAGUCCCUCUUUCUUCCGACCCACCUAACUCAUAUAUUGAAGAAUCAGGUGUUGAAAAGAAGCCCUUUCCUGCUUCUUAUCCUCCUGUGACUAUUCUGCCAUCUGCUAAAGUGAGUGGUGACUCUCCAUUGAAUGCAUUUCAUUUGAGGAAAUAUAGUAAUGGGGGUGGCUCUUUGUUCAAAAAGGAAUCACAGGGAAACUUGAGGGGUGUGUUAAAGGAGAAGGAUUUGCGUAGCGCAGGGGAUGCGUUGAAAAGUUCGGUUCAGUACAAGAGAGAUGAUGAGGACAUAGUGAAGAAGAACCAAAGGUCUGUGAAAUUGGAAAAUAAAGUGGAGGAUGGCUUAGCGGCAGCUAAGCGUUCACCAAAAGGUAGAUCUGUGAGGACAAUUAGAUCUGCUUGUAGUGCUACUACUACUGAGGUGAAACUCAGUUACCUAGAUGGUGAAGUUAGGAAAGCAUCUGCUGAGACUGAAGCAGUAAAUACCAUUAAGCGGAAUCACGUUGCUGCAAAGGUACCAAAGCCAAUGUUGCUUCCAGAAUGCAAGAGGAGAGAGAGUAGGAAAUCUUCUGCUGCUCCUGUUAACUUUGUUGAUGAAGUUGGGAAAACAUAUGGUGAAACCGAAGGAGGAGGCACCAGUAAGAAGAAUGAUGUGGGGCAGACAGCAAAGGAGCCAUUUGCAGAAUACAAGAAGAGGGACAGUAGGAAAUCUUCUGCACGUGUUUCUGUGGAGCCUGAUGAAUAUUUGGAGAGUAAGAAGGACAAGUUUCAACUUUGUUUAGAUCAACAGCGAAUGGUGGAUAACAGUGGUGAAGUGGGACAUGACCAUGACCCCAAUGAGGUAGAUAGGAAGGCUGGAGAGUUCAUAGCCAAGUUCAGGGAGCAAAUUAGGCUUCAAAAAGUUGCAUCAGUUGAAAGAUCGAGUAGGAAGCGUGGAAUUGGGAAAGACUACUAGGUGAAACGUGUGGACGUUCUUGUUAUUUCUUCUGUUCUAUUCUGUAGAUAAACUUAUGAAGCUUUUGUGCAAGUUCCUUGGUCCUCCACCAGCGGGUGUAAUGGAAUCACGAUUUUAUAGAAUUCAUGUGAACUACAUUGAAGUCUAUCUUGAUUUGAGCAUGCUUUUUACGCAUUUAGGUUCUUCCCACAAUACCAGAUCUCCUGCAUUUAUAUUGAACGAAAAUAUAAGGGUCUGACAGAAACCCAUAGUUUCUUCGGAUAUGAGAUAGGGAUUAGAGUAUCAAAAUUAGAGAUAAAUUAAUUUGGGAUUGUGAGAUAGAAUAACGAUUUCAAUCCGAG